GGUUCCCUCCCUCACCUCUCCCUUCACCCAAUCAGGAAACGGCUCUGAGGGAGCGCGCGAGGUUUCCUUCCCCGCGCACCCGUUCUCACCGUUAAACGGCUGCGUCUCGCGACAAUCCCAAAGUGACCUUUCCCCCUCUCCGGAGUUCAACGCGAGCUAGGGGCAGGAGGAGGGGCAGGUGUCGCGAAGAAGGUGGACGGGAAAAAACGCACCUUUCCCCGCCUCGCGCGGGCUGGCUGCGCGCGCACCUGCCUCCCUAAGGAGCCGCGAACGCCACAAGGGCUCUUUCUGCCCUUCCUUAGGCCGCAGAAGUAGCCUGGGUGUCCUUCCGUCUCCACCCCGUCCCCACUUUCCUGUCUCUGGCUUUUCUGUCCCCAGCGCCGCCAGGUCUUGCGGGGAGAAGGGGGAAAUUUUUUGAGUUGUCGCUUCUCCUUUAAGAAAAAAAGCCCCGUCGGCUGCCGGAUGAAAGUCUCCGAAAAAAUGGCGUCGGCAGAAUGGAGGCGGGGUCGAGGGGGGUAAGGAGGGCCCGCCUCGACGCAUGCGCACGAUAACUUCAGCCAAGUGCAUUGUGGGACAUGAAGUCCUGUUUAUCCUAAUACGUGCAGUAAAAAAAAAAUUAGGAAGCCGGAGGCGGAGAGGAUGCCGGGAGGUUUUGACUGGCGACGGGAAAAGUAGUUUACUCUGCUGCCGGAGUUUACUUUUUGAGGGAGGUAGUGUUUCCGGGUUAGGCCAGGACGCCUGCGUACAUCCCGGCUCGAAAGUUCAGCCAAUUGCCGAGCAGGAUUGCCUGCGGGAGGGUUCUGUGUUACUUCUGAGUACUUCUUUUUUUUUUUUUUUUUGUAACUUGGCCUCUCUGGUUUUUUGGGGAUGGCCACCCAGUAGACUUGGCUUCCUUCGAGGUAGCCAGAUGAUACCUCCUCAGGGGCAGUUCGGCGUUCCUGUUUGCAACGCUCGUCCGGGCCUCGUGUGUCUGACCCGGGAACUGAGUCUGGCUCCGUCGGGUCUUCGAUAUCACGAUGACCAGGACUCAUCGGGCACCUAGUAUCUCGGGGCGUGGGCUGACUUGUAGAGCUGCGGUGUUGGGGCAUCGCGGAGCUGGCGUGGGCUGUUCGCGUGACUCCGCGACCUCCGCCGAGUGGCUGAGGGCUCCGGCUCGCCGCCCCGGAGCCUCUGGGUCUGCGGUUCGUCCGCGUCCCUGUGUCAGAAGCGGCUCUCUGGGCCCCUGGCGUGUGGAACUAAGUCGUCCUCUGCGCGUCCGAAGGGGGUUUCCGCGUGCAAGUCAGUGGGUGGUGCAGCCGGCGAGGGGCGAGCUGAGCGCUUCACCCUUGAAAACGAAAGCCUCCCGGGUUCCGAGGGUAGAAGCCCCACAGGAAAGAGGACGGAAACAAGAUCCGGGGUUCCCGUUCUAAGUUCCACAUGAAUCAUUCAGUUAAACCGUAGACGAGUGCCGAAGGACGUUUUCCUUCCCAUGUGUUGACUCAGUUACCACGUUAGGCUAAAAAAUUAUGUUGGUAUUGAGUAUUUGGGGACAUUUUUUCAUUUCCGUAAGGUCAUUUCCAGUUGUAAAAAUUGUCUAGCCCAGCGUCCCUGGCAGUGUUUCCCGACCGCUUUCUCGGUGAGCAGACUUUUAGAACAGCACUGACAUCCAAUGGCUGCUUAAAGUAAUACAGAGAAUUUUUUAAGUCAUACAGUGAUAAAUGGAUUAUUGGUUUUUUUUUAAAAGACCCCAGUGUUGUAGAAGAAUGAUACAUUCUGUUAUUUUAGUGCGAUUCCACAAACCUAUUUCACCACUGGGGAAAUGGGAUAAAAUAUAUUUAACAGAGCUACAAUUAAAGCUGUUUACAUACUACCUUCUCAAAGUAGGCUUUUUGUAAUGUUUUAUUUCAUUUAAGGUAGAUGAAGUCACAGGAGUAAAAAUGGUGAAGAGUUAAUUUCUUGUAUUUUUCCGACACUGCUACACAGCUGUGUAACUAGGCCCAGCUGAGAUAUUUGCAGUUUAAGCACGCACGAUAUCUUAAAACUUUCCAGUUUCCUUCUUCAUGCCCCUUGUAGAUGUUUGCAUUUGAAUCCGCUCAGUCAGCCCCUGAGAUCCAAACAUGAACCCAUUUAUGCCUUGCUUUUAAUGGAUUUUCAGUCUGUCUGUCUAGGAAAACAGGUUCACAGAAGGAAAAAAAUAAGGCAGAAGCCCAGGCACAAUGGGACAUGUACCUUUGGAAGAAAACCACAUGUGUGAAUGGGCUAUUCCCAUGAAUUCAAGAUGAAUCCCAGCAUAUAGUAGGUGCUCAAGUUUUGAAAAAUUAAUUUUGGAUCUUUAUCACCAUAGCCAAUGCACUGCCAGAACUUAAAUCUUAACAACCUGCCUUUCAAAGUCAGUCUCCUUUUAAAAACUGUGACCUACUUAAAAAGUAGAAGAAGAAGAAAUGCACCAAAUCAAAAGAGAGGAAGUGCUAAGCAAAUACAGUAACCAAAAAGGGUUAUAAAGGCUGCAUUACGUUGUCUUGUUCAGUUCCUUUGCGGUCUUCUGUUCAGCACAUGCCAAAAGCAGUUCUUCUUCACAACUGGUGAGACCGGAGCAUCCUGGGUGUGGGGCCAUGGAGGAAUUGGAUGCCUUGUUGGAGGAACUGGAACGUUCCACUCUCCAGGACAGUGAUGAAUAUUCCAACUCUGCUCCUCUUCCACUGGAUCAGUCUUCCAGAAAGGAGAGUAACCUGGAUGAGACUUCGAAGAUGCUCUCCGUCCAGGAUAGCACAAAUCCCUUUCCGGUACAGCUCGUGUAUACCACCAAUAUCCAGGACCGCAAUGUCUACAGUGAGGUCCAAGAGCCAAAGAAAUCUCCACCACCUGCUAAAACCUCAGCAGCUGCCCAGUUGGAUGAGCUCAUGGCCCACCUUAGUGAAAUGCAGGCCAAGGUGUCAGUGAAAGCAGAUGCUGGCAAGAAACCCGUAUUGGAGAAGCAGGACCACAAGGCGUCCCUGGACUCAAUGCUUGGGGGCUUGGAGCAGGAGUUGCAGAACCUUGGGAUCCCGACAGUGCCCAAGGGCCACUGUGCUUCCUGCCAGAAACCCAUUGUUGGGAAGGUGAUCCAUGCUCUGGGGCAGUCCUGGCAUCCGGAGCACUUCAUCUGCACUCACUGCAAGGAAGAGAUUGGCUCCAGUCCCUUCUUCGAGCGGAGCGGCUUGGCCUACUGCCCCAAGGACUACCACCACCUUUUCUCACCACGCUGUGCCUACUGUGCAGCUCCCAUCCUGGAUAAAGUGCUGACAGCAAUGAACCAGACCUGGCACCCGGAGCACUUCUUCUGCUCUCACUGUGGAGAGGUGUUUGGUACAGAAGGCUUUCAUGAGAAGGACAAGAAGCCAUAUUGCCGAAAGGAUUUCUUAGCCAUGUUCUCACCCAAGUGUGGUGGCUGCAACCGCCCGGUGUUGGAAAACUACCUUUCAGCCAUGAACACUGUCUGGCACCCGGAGUGCUUUGUGUGUGGGGACUGCUUCAGCAGUUUUUCUACCGGUUCCUUCUUUGAACUGGAAGGCCGUCCGUUCUGUGAGCUCCACUACCAUCAGCGCCGAGGAACCCUCUGCCAUGGGUGUGGGCAGCCCAUCACGGGCCGCUGCAUCAGCGCCAUGGGGCACAAGUUCCAUCCUGAGCACUUUGUGUGUGCUUUCUGCCUGACACAGUUGUCAAAGGGCGUCUUCAGGGAGCAGAAUGACAAGACCUAUUGCCAGCCUUGCUUCAACAAGCUCUUCUCACUGUAGUCUCAGUUGAUCCACAGCCUCUUCUGAUCCCCUUUAAAAUUUAAAGCAAGAGGAAGGAAUGGAUAAAUUGUUACUGACCUGUGGCUUGAUAAUUUUAUAGAGAGAGUAAAGGUGGUGAGCAGCUAAGGGAACUGGUAGUUGUUACAGGAACAGGCUUCUAAUCUUAAGUUUUAGGCUUCUAGUCUUUUUUUUUUUUUUUUUUAAUCAAGUGAUUGGAUUUAGACCCUGCUAUCAGUUCCCCAUAAGACAUGUUUUCACUUGUGCGAUUUCUUUCACUACUGGUUUUCUUAGGUUUCUCCCUUUUCACCUUGAUGAUAUCCCUCCACGUAACUGCCUCUUUCCAGCUUCCCCCAUUUUCCCCUGUGGUUCACUGUUCCAUGUUCACUGCUAUGAUUUUAUCCUUGCUGUCAGGAAUCAUGAAACCACUCUUAAACUCUCCCCUUCUUCCUUCAGUGCAUUUCUCUUUUUCAAGAGGAAGUGACUUUUAAUUUUAAUUACAUCCUUGAUAAAUAAAAUGUCUUGUGAUUUUAA